CAGCAGCAGCAGCUUUACUCUCCGUCAGCAGUAGCAGCAGUGUGGAGGAUUAAAGCUUCAUCUCUCACUCUGUCAAUCCUCUCAUUUCAUCGUCCUCUGCUUCGGGUUCAUCUUCUGUCUCCAUCAUUCGUCUUCUUUUUUUUUCUUUUUUCCCUGAUUUCCCAUCAUCCUCUGCUCUUCUCCCGUGGAUCCUGGUCGAGAUAUGAAGUGGCACCAUGGGUUUCAUGGAGUUCUACCUGGAGAUUGACCCGGUCACCCUGAACCUCAUCAUCCUCGUGGCAAGUUAUGUCAUCCUGCUGCUCGUCUUCCUCAUCUCCUGCAUCCUCUACGACUGCCGUGGCAAAGACCCCACCAAAGAGUACACGCCCGAUGACACCGCUUCAGCUGCUGUGCCGCCGCCGCCCGGCCAGUCGCCCAUACGCCUGGUGGUCAUGCAGAACUCGCCCGCCUCCUCAUCGCGCUACGACCACGCGGCCCGUGCUGAGCUCCCCACGCUGGAGCUGAGCCGAGACCGAGGAGAGAGGGAGAAGAGGAGCACGCUGGUGUAAGGACGACAGACGACGACAGACCGUCUUUUUAAUUCCGGACUAGUUUUUUAAAAAUAACGUCCUGACAAAGUGCUAACAUCAGCACGAGGACUUUGAACUCACGGUGAAACCAAAACAGCUUCUGUGUAACUGACAUGAUCACAUGGCACGGUCUCCUGAGACCCCCCCUCUGCUGAUUGGCUCCCUCAUGAGUGUCACAUGAUGUGAGGACAAAUUCCCUUACAUAAAAAAACAGCACUCAGCCGCCAAUGAUGGCUGCGUCCCAAUCCUGAUAUGAAUAACAUAUGGCUCCUCCCACUCCAUGGUUCUUUUCUGUGGAUUAUGUGUGUGGGGGGGGUGUGUGUGUCUCUCUGUCUGUGUGUGUGUGUGUGUGUGACGAUGACUCAUCAGUUAAUCAGAAUAUAAUUUAAUCUACGUUUCCACGUGAAAACAACAGGAAGUGAAACUGUCGUAUUUUUAUAUCUGUUCAAUAAAGUUUGAAGUGAAAAAAGUUUCUGCUUUAAUCAGAUUGAGGACAUGAGGCAGGUGUAGAUAUUUAAGAUAUGGAAUCAGAUUAAAUUAAUCUAAUCAGGUUUAAAAUGGGAAAGAAGGUUAAAAAGAAGGUCAUCAGAUUAAAGAGCUGUUAACAGGUGGAAACGUACACUAAGGAAAUGCCAUCAGAUUAAAUGCAGCUAAUCAGAUUAAGAGACAAAACAAAUGGGUUCAAGGAAGGCAAAGAGAUUAAAGACAUGGAUUCAGAUUCAGAGCAGCUAAUCAGAUUAAAGACAGAUUAUACUGCAGGUACUUACAGCAGCAGAUUGGAUUCAGAUCAUAGACUUAGGUGGCAACAGGUAACAGGAAGUGACUUGAGCAGGUGACAGGAAGUGACACGGGCAGGUGACAGGUGUUUUCUGUCCUGAACAAAGUUUUCAGAUCAUUUGAGUCAUUUAGAAUUCAGACAUGUGGUUUGUGUGAUUUAAACAUGUGAUCUGACGGAUUUAUAGUAGUUCUAGUGUUUAUAGUUUGAUAAGCUCCGCCUCUGCGGACGCUGGUGCUCACAGUGUCCAGCAGAGGGC